AUCAGUGCAUCUGCAGAGAAAGAAGAAGCCAUUGAGUUGUUUUGAAUGAAAAUGUUAUUGGGUUGUGGGUUUUUUUAGAGGAUUGAUCUAAAAAGGAAAGUGAGGAGACAAGAAAGGGAGACAUAAGACAUUGGCCUGCUGCUGUCUGACUGGCAGAUUCCAGUUAACACCUUAUCAGCAGAGCAGCAGGCAGCAGCAAAUCCUCGCCUGCUGAAGCUACACAGCGAAAGAAAGAGGGGAGGGUGUUCUGUAACCAGGGACGACAACAGCAACACUCCACAGAGCUACCGGGAGGAUAGAGAGAGAGGCACAUACACACAGAUCCUGCACAAUAACCUUCCUUACCAGGCUGUGCAAGCAAGGGCAGGGGAGGAAAAACAAAUCAACCUGCAGUGUUUAAUUUUUUAUUAAGAGAAACCAUGACUGAAAUGUAACCACAGCUCUGGUCGCUGCAAAAAAAGCCGAACCCCAAAGCCCUCUCUCCAAGUGGAAUGUAGCAAUUCUGUUUAUUAGCGUUAUUCUUCAGUUGAAGAGCGGGGUAAAAUCCUCCAGGACUGAAAUCCUAUCUCCCAGUAAGGUUGGAGCACCACAAAAACAAAAGCAAUUCUCCCCUGUACCCCUUACUCCACUGCUGCUGCUGCUGCUUUUUUGUUUUUUAAAGAAACAUUGUUCUAGGAAGGAGAGGAGAUUGGAAGAAGAACCCAAGGUGAUUUUGAAUUUUUUUUUAAAGUCAAGGUAAACCUUCUGAUGACCCCUCAGUGAAAGAGGGGGAGUUACAAGGCAAUAUAGUGAUUGAUGUACUGAGUGAUCUGGAGGAAGAGCUGCUGGGCAAUAAUGGGGAAAUCCAACAGCAAGUUGAAGCCUGAAGUUGUGGAAGAGCUGACCAGGAAGACCUACUUUACAGAGAAGGAGGUGCAGCAGUGGUACAAGGGCUUCAUCAAGGACUGCCCCAGCGGACAGCUGGACGCCGCUGGCUUUCAGAAGAUCUAUAAGCAGUUCUUUCCCUUUGGCGACCCAACGAAAUUUGCAACCUUCGUUUUUAACGUCUUUGAUGAAAACAAAGAUGGGAGGAUCGAGUUUUCGGAGUUCAUCCAGGCGCUGUCGGUCACUUCCCGAGGGACCCUGGAUGAGAAAUUGCGGUGGGCCUUUAAACUGUACGACUUGGACAACGACGGGUACAUCACGAGGAACGAGAUGCUGGACAUCGUAGAUGCUAUUUAUCAGAUGGUGGGUAACACGGUAGAGCUUCCAGAAGAGGAAAACACACCUGAGAAGAGAGUGGAUCGGAUUUUCGCUAUGAUGGACAAGAAUGCCGAUGGGAAGCUAACGCUGCAGGAGUUCCAGGAAGGCUCCAAAGCCGACCCGUCCAUCGUACAGGCACUGUCCCUCUAUGACGGACUCGUAUAGUCCCGGGAUCCCAAGCUGAGUUGCCUGGGGGAAGAUUCUUUCUGUGCCAUCAGACCACCUCAGUAAAGAAGCUUGCCUGUCCCUCUCCAGCCUUCCUUUAUGUUACACGAACAAGGGAGGCGCUUGAAGUGUGAGGUCAUCCCCCGCACCCACUCUGCACUCUGAAUUAACCGUGUCCAUUUGCCAACUUCCGCUUUCUCAACAACAACAACAAAAACAAGGGGAAAAAAAAAAAGAAGAAAAAAGAAAGGAAAAAAAUAGAAAAAGAAAAAGCAGCGAAUUUUUCAGCUUCUGGGGGUGGAAGGGAUCGUGCAUCGCUGUGUGGAGACCCCUCCCGCCUCUCGCUUUUACUUAGUAGAUUUUUUUUUGGAACGGACUAAAAACACCGACAAAUAUUUGACAUUGUUUUCAUAGAAAAGCGCAGCAUGAAGAAGGAGCCAAAAGGUACUGCUGAGGUCUUGGAACGGGCGGCUGCUGCACGCCCUCCGAGUGCUUGAUCGCCAUCGGCUUCUGCUUCAUCGGCGGGGCGGGGGGGACGAGGGGACGGACGCUAAAAGGCAAUUGGAAAUGAAAGUUCCACAUCCCCUGCGUUUCCAGCAGCAGCCCAGCCCGCGUCGCUAGGGAGAGCUGUAUAGUUUUUGUGAUACAGUAUUGUGCUUUUUUGGGGGUUUUUUGGAUGGAAAAAGUGAGGCUGUUGUGACUAUGCCUCUCUCUGUUAUCGAUAUCUUUAUUUAUUUGUUGUAACCGUUGCUGCUGUGUUUAGUCUUUCCUGUGUUGAAACACCUAGGUGAUAAAAGUUGCAAGGUUUACACACUAUGGCAGGGGGAGGUAGCCUGCGAUAGCAAUUAAGCCAAAAAUAUCCUCCCCCCACCUCCCCCCAUAUACUGUGCUUUGUUGGCUGGUUGAUGUUUUACGGGGGAUAAUCUAACCCCCUUCUCCUUAUUCCCACGCCUCUAGUCCCUGCACCCUGCCCUCCCUCCUUGUCUUUAGAAACUCAGCUACUACCCCUGACAAAUCCCAAGGCUGGGACUGAAUGCUCUCUUCCUCUCAACAAGUUGUAUUUCUGUUGCCCUUCUGCAUUCAUUUUGCCAUCUUGCCUUUGUGUAAAGCAGAAUGACGAAAUAUACAGUAUCCAGACAUUUUUCUGCAUGAAAAGUAUUAAUGGGGCCAAUAUUGUUUGAGCUUUAAAAUGACCCUUCUUUUUGGAAAAUCCUGGCAUUGUCGUGUAUCUGUCUUGCUGGGCGGAUGGGGAGUUAGAAAAAUGAAACUGGAUUAACUCCUUGCUAAGCCUCCAGGAGGUUGGGAGCCUGGAGUCCCUGUGGGCUGAGAACAGAGAUGGUUGCUUGUACAGUGUAACGGUUUUGAAAAGAACCAGCCGGUCAGUGGAGCUUAGGAGAGUUGUCUAAGCAAACUACACUCCAUAGCUGUUUAAGGCAAAACCCAAAGCCUUGAUGCUGUCCAGAGCUAGACAGGGCUGCUUAGUGUCCUGGAGAAGGAGGAGGAAGAAUGGCUCCAGCCUCUUCGCGUUUUGCUACGUUUGCUCUCAUUUGUGCUCCUGAGUUUUGCUCUUUGGGCCGUGCAUUGAGAGAGAGCUAGAGGAGCCUUGUUCAGUGGAUCACGUCCAUUCCUAUGGUUCCCAGUUUGGGUCACAAAGAUGGACUUGGGCUUUGAUAAACAGGAAAACAAUCAACAAAACAAAUCCGGCCUUGCCCCCUUCCCCAUUUCUGCUUGGUCUGUCUCCACCUUUGAGCGAAAUGGAAUAGCAGAAUAGACGCACAGUAGCAAAGGCACCAGAGACUAGGGCAGGCACUAGCCACGGUUCCUUUGUCUGACGGGGCUGGAGCGGAAAGCCUCCUGCAGCUGUCCCUAGGAAGGUUUGUGGGGUGCCUGUACACAGAACAAUUGGCAAGUGCUCCACAAACAUUGGAGACCGUCGCCUUUCCACCCACGUUUUUGGUCACGCACCCAGAGGUUGGUGCAUUCCCCUGUUGUGCUAGCUAGCCGCAGUGUUUCUAAGGUGCCGAUCACCUUGGGAUCCAAACACCAAGCAUUGUCCUGCUUCAGACUGAGUGUAACAAGAACAGCUGCAGAGUAAUGGAUUGGGAGGCAGGAGGAAGAGUCUGCUCUUGGGUUCUCCCAGGUAGUACGUCAGACCUGUGAGAAGUGCAGUGACUCCAUCCUUCAGAGCUGUAAUCGCUUUUUCUGGAUAUAAAUCCCAGUCACUGUGCCAAGCACUGCUUCCCUUCCUCCUUUCCUCUCCCACCAUAUCCCUACAGUGUAACCAGUGCAAGCUGUGCUUUGCCAGAGAGGAUAUACAGCCCGGGUGACCCAGAUCUGGCACUUGAAUGCCUGCAGGGUGCUGAAUGUGAGUGCCUCUUUGCACAGGUGCAGAUAUCCAUAGGAGGGAUGUCUCCUCCAGGGGCGGCUCCAGACCCCAGCACGCCAAGCGCGUGCUUGGGGCGGCAUGCCGCGGGGGGCGCUCUGCCAGU